AUGCCUAAGCCAUCUACUCCCAUCACUCUCCCAUGUGACAUAAAUUUAACAGACCAUUCUGUUUAUCUUGUCCAAAAUCUGACCCAAUCUUCCUGUCCAAUUCUCAAUUCCACCACGCAAAUGACCAGUUUUUCCAUAUUCCUUCUCACCGUAACAUUCUUAUCCGUCUCAGUUUCAUCUCAGCUUGAUGAAUUCAUCUAUAAUGGAUUUAAUCAUCUCAAAAUCAAUAUAAGUUUAAGUGGGGUGGCACAGAUUGACAAAAAUGGAAUUCUUCAAUUAACCAAUGAAACCAGUAGAUUAAUGGGACACUCAUUUUUUCCUUCACCACUUCAGUUCAAGAAUUCCACUAAUGGCACUGCCUUCUCCUUCUCCACAUGUUUCGCUUUUGUUAUUGUUCCGGAGUAUCCGAAACUCGGCGGCCAUGGUCUCGCCUUCGCUAUUUCGCCGUCCCAGAAUUUCAAAUCGGCUCUUCCCAGUCAGUAUCUGGGCCUGCUCAACAAAAGCGAUAUGGGAAAUUAUUCAAACCAUCUGUUUGCAGUUGAAUUCGAUACUGUUCAAGAUUUUGAGUUCGGCGAUAUUAAUGAUAAUCAUGUUGGUAUCGACAUCAACAGCAUGGAGUCCAACAAAUCUGCUGCUGCAGCGUACUUUACAGAUGAUUCGUCGAAAAAUGAUCUGAAUCUGAAAAGUGGCAAGCCCGUAUUGGCGUGGAUCGAAUAUGAUUCGGUUACGAACGUUAUUAAUGUUACUCUUUCACCAUCUUCGACAAAACCCAGGUUGCCAAUGUUGUCUUAUCAAAUGGAUCUCUCUCCAAUUAUUGAAGAAACUAUGUAUGUUGGAUUCUCCGCUUCAACGGGUUUACUAGCCAGUUCCCAUUACGUUUUGGGUUGGAGCUUCAAGAUGAAUGGAGAUGCUAAUUCGCUGAACUUGGGUUCUCUCCCAUCAAUUCCAGAACCCAAGAAGAAAAAUAAAGGAGCAAUUACAACUGGCUCAGUCUUGGCAGCUGUUUUUGUGUUAGCUUCAGUACUUUUUGCUUUUUUCUUGAUAAGGAAAAUCAAGAACGCUGACAAAAUAGAGGACUGGGAGCUUGAAAUUGGCCCACAUAGAUACUCAUACCAAGAACUCAAGAAAGCUACCAGAGGAUUUAAGGAUUCGGAGCUACUUGGAUUUGGCGGAUUUGGACGAGUUUACAAGGGAACGCUGCGUAAUCCCAGAACCGAAGUUGCCGUGAAGCGUAUAUCUCAUGAAUCCCGGCAGGGCGUACGAGAAUUUCUGUCUGAAAUUUCUAGUAUCGGCAGGCUUCGGCAUAGGAAUUUGGUUCAAUUACUGGGGUGGUGUAGACGGGGUGCUGAUCUUUUACUUGUUUAUGAUUUCAUGCCUAAUGGAAGUUUAGAUAAAUUACUGUUCGACAACCCGAAAUCCAUUCUGAAUUGGGAACAAAGAUUCAAGAUUGUCAAAGGAGUUGCUUCGGGGCUCUUGUACUUACAUGAAGGAUAUGAACAAAUUGUCAUACACCGAGAUGUUAAGGCCAGUAAUGUGUUGCUAGAUGGUGAAUUGAAUGGUAGGGUUGGAGAUUUUGGGCUGGCAAGGUUGUAUGAUCACGGGUCGAACCCCAACACGACACGUGUAGUCGGGACAUUGGGUUACCUUGCACCGGAAUUAACAAGGACCGGGAAGGCCACAACAAGUUCUGAUGUGUUUGCGUUUGGUGCUAUGUUGCUUGAGGUUGUGUGCGGACGUAGACCAAUUGAACACAAGGCAGGGCCAGAGGAGGAGUUGGUUUUGGUAGAUUGGGUGUGGGCCCAUUGGCGAGAAGGGACAAUUUUCAAUGUUGUGGACCAAAAAUUGAAUGGCGAGUUCGAUAAAAAUGAGGUUGUAAUGGUAUUGAGAUUGGGACUAAUGUGUUCAAACAAUGUGCCAUUGGCAAGGCCUACCAUGAGGCAAGUGGUGAGUUACUUGGAAGGUGAGGCGGAGCUAACCGGUAUUCUGACGGAACCAGGCAACAGCCACGGCGGUGGUGAUGGAGGAUUUGAUGAUUAUCUGCAUUCCUAUGCAUCAUCAUCCUUUGAGACGACCAGUUCAUUCAAAAUAAUGGAUAAAAGUUUUGCAUCUAUUUCUACAUCACCUCUUUCACUUAUCAAUAGUUCAGGGGAAGUUAGAUAG